AUGACUGGUUAUUUCGACCGGCUGUUCAUGUCGGAGGUGGGAGAGAUUAGGGAGGUAAUUGGCUGCAUUACUGCAUCAGUAACGGUGGCAGAGAAUAAUGAGCUAGUCAGACCAGUGAUGAUGGAGGAAGUGCUUGGUGCUGUGACGGCGAUGCAUCCUGAUAAGUCGCCGGGACCCGAUGGGUUCGGGCCAGCUUUUUACCAACACUUCUGGACAAUGAUUGGAGGGGAGGUCACGAUGUUUUGUAGGCAGCUUAUUGACUCAACAAAGCUGCUGGAUGGAGUUAAUAACAUCCUGGUCGUGUUGGUACCGAAGAAAUCCGUCCUGGAAACAAUGAAAGAUCUAAGGCCGAUUGCUCUAUGUAAUGUUCUUUAUAAAGUGGCAGCGAAGGUAUGUGCAAACCGAUUGAAGCCCUUGAUGGAAAAACUACUUUCCAAGUCCCAAAGCGUGUUUGUGCAUGGACGUCUUAUAUUGCAUAACAUUAUGUUGGCAUUCAAGGCGCACCAUUAUUUGAAGCGUAAGUCACAAGGGAAGAACAAAGUGGCGGCCCUAAAGAUAGACAGGAGCAAGGCAUAUGGCCGGGUAGAGUGGCGAUUUUUUAGCGCCGUGAUGUUAAAGAUGGGGUUCUGUCAGAAAUGGGUUGAUAUUAUCAUGGAGACGGAUGAGUAUGGGUUGUUGGACGGAGUGAGGGUUGCGAGAGGGGCACUACCGAUCUCGCACCUCUUGUUCGCGGAUGAUUGCUUCAUCUUUUUUAGAGCCAACUCUGCCAAGAGCCAGCAAAUGAAAGAGGUGUUAGAUGUCUAUGCAGAUGAUUUAGGUCAGUUGGUUAAUUAUGAUAACUCUGUGGCUUGCUUUAGCACUAAUGUUGAUCAGCAUGGAAGGGAGGAUGUAAUAUCUGUCUUGGGAAUCCGGCACAGAGAUACUGCAGGGCAAAAUCUAGGCUUGCCUUCGUUGGUCGGCCAGAAUAAGAAGCAGAUUCUGGGCUUCUUGAGGGAAAAGGUACUGGAAUGUGUGCAUAGUUGGAAAACACGGUUCAUAUCAAGAGCAGGUCGUGAGGUGUUACUGAAGAAUGUCUUACAGGCUUUGUCGUGCUAUACAAUGAUGGUAUUCAUGUUACCGGUAAGUCUGUGCAAUGAGAUUGAGGUUAUCCUAAACCGCAACCGGUGUAGUGGCACAGUCAGUGAUUCACGUGGAAUUAGGUGGAAAGCGUGGCAUGGAUUGUGUGCCCCGAAGGCUAAGGGGGCCAUGGUCUUCAGGAAAUUAAAGGAGAUGAAUUUGGCUCUGUUGGGAAAGCAAGCAUGGCGCUUACUAACGCGACCUAGCUCCCUUGUUGCGCUGGUUUAUAAAAGUAGGUAUUACCCUAAUAUCUCGUUUCUGGAUGCAGAACUUGGUGGAAACCCUUCCUAUAUUUGGAGGGGAAUUGUGGAAGCGAAGAAUGUAAUUAAAAGGGGUAUUUGUAGGAGUAUUGGAGAUGGGCGCACUACGACAAUCGGGAAUGAUCUAUGGCUCACAACAACAGUUGACCCUUAUGCUAGGACUGCUCUACAUCUAUCUGUGAAAGAUGCCCCCGUUGUGUCCUUAAUGACCCCAGCUGGUACGGGCUGGGAUUCAGAUUGUGUGAAGGACAUGUUUGAUGAAGAUGAAGCGAAAUGCAUUCUCAAUAUCCCGAUAAGUAGUAGAAAACCUCUAGAUGCUUGGGUAUGGAAAAGGGAGUAUAAGGGAAAUUAUACUGUGAAAUCUUCCUAUAGGAUGCUGACAGGUGAAUUCAGUACUAAUAAACAAUGGAAUCUCAUUUGGAAGUUGCACGUUCCACCCAAGGCUGUGAAUUCUGCACACAAUGGGCAUGACGACUUGCAUGAAGUGGAGGCCAAAUGGAGAGCACCGGGAGUGGGGAGGCUUAAGCUAAACACGGAUGCGGCAAUGGACGCGAAUUUUAAUGUUAUGGGGUUGGGAUGGAUUAUGCGGGAUGAUCAAGGUGGCUAUCUUGCUACCAAGGUGAUAGAUGCAAAUAUGAAACCACCAGAAUUGGAUGGUCACAAUUAUUCCUUCUGGAAGGCUAGAAUGGAGAUUUAUCUUCAAGCACAGGGCACCAGAGUGUAUCGUACUGUCCCCACUGGAUGGAGUCCUCCGACAUUUCAGAAUGCUGCUAGAGCUACUGAGGCCAAACCAAUGGAGACAUGGACUGAAGAUGAGAUAUCAUCCUUUGAUCUGAACAACAAAGCGUUGAACUCAAUUGUAGGGUCUCUACAUGAAUCAGUAUUUACUUUGGUUACAGCGAUAAAAGAGGCAAAACGUGUAUGGGAAAUCCUUGAAACAAGAUUUGAGGGUACCAGUGAUGUCAAAUAG